GUGACAGUUUAUUAAACAAAAACGCUGAAAAAAAUAAAUAAAAAAACUACGGACAAAUUAUAUUUAUAUAAUUUAAAGAGCAGCGCAACACAAAACAGUUAUGAGAAAACCUCGGCCGGGAGAUUAUCCAACCAAAAAGCACACACAUCAAAUCAAAGUGCAAUAAAUAUGUGCAGAUAAUCAAUCCUCCAAAAUUGUUGCUCAAUAGCAACUCUUAAGAAAUUUGUUUGAUCUCGAUUCCCGAUUUCUGUACACUGCUGUGCUGUGCUGUGCUGUGCCGUGUGUUGGAAGUGCCAGGAAGUAGACACCACUCCAAUCCAAUCCAAUCCAAUCCAGAAGAUAUGCUAGAUCAGCGCUAUAGUGGAGUCAGGCAGAAUGCAUACAUAGAAGACUCGCACAUAUAGAGGCGGAAAAAGCGCGCUAAAAUAAAAGAAGAAACUCUGUUUCUUCAGCCUUGCCCACCAAGGGGAAGAGAACGAAAGGAGAGGGGAACGACAAUAGGCGGCAGAGUCUUGUUAUCGAUUUUCACGCGGGUGUUCGUGUGUGGCGGGUGUGCGUGCGUGUGUGUGUGUGUGCGUUCAGCAUAACAACAAAAAUCAAAAGCGGCGUGUUAUCACAAAAAAACUAAAAGCUAAAGUAAAGCGAAAUCAUUAGCCGGCGAAGAAGAAGAAGGCCAGAAGUGAAAGAGAGCAGCAGUACAUAACGUAAACCGAAAAAACGAACGGAACACCGAACCGCGAACUGAUCCCUCGCCCCCUGUCUCUCUCCGUGCUCUCGCUCUCUCCGCUAAAUGCAGAAGACCGAAGCGUAACCCCAUCCCAUCGGUCAUCGGUCAUCGGCGGUCGGUCGAUCGCAGUGUGUUCCCCAUUCAUUCAAAAUUCUACUCAGAAAAAUUGGUAGACAUAGAAACUUGGUAAGAAGACGCUACCGGACGGAACCUUCUUACCAAAUGAUUUCCCUUCUGCAAAUGAAAUUCCAUGCACUUUUGUUGCUGCUAUCAAAAGUCUGGACAUGCAUUUGUUUCAUGUUCAAUCGCCAAGUGCGAGCUUUUAUCCAGUAUCAACCGGUUAAAUAUGAAUUGUUCCCGCUGUCUCCGGUAUCGCGGCAUCGGCUCAGUCUGGUGCAGCGAAAAACCCUGGUCCUGGAUCUGGACGAAACCCUGAUACACUCACAUCACAAUGCGAUGCCCAGGAAUACAGUGAAGCCGGGUACACCGCACGACUUCACCGUCAAGGUGACCAUCGAUCGGAAUCCAGUGCGCUUCUUUGUGCACAAGCGGCCGCAUGUGGACUACUUUCUGGAUGUAGUCUCACAAUGGUAUGAUCUGGUGGUAUUCACCGCCAGCAUGGAGAUCUAUGGAGCUGCUGUGGCGGAUAAGCUGGACAAUGGUCGGAACAUAUUGAGGAGGCGCUACUACAGACAACACUGUACGCCCGACUAUGGAUCGUAUACCAAAGACUUGUCUGCCAUAUGCAGUGAUUUGAAUAGGAUAUUUAUAAUUGACAAUUCCCCGGGGGCAUAUCGCUGCUUCCCCAACAAUGCCAUACCCAUCAAGAGUUGGUUCUCGGAUCCCAUGGACACGGCACUGCUGUCGCUGCUGCCCAUGCUGGACGCACUGCGCUUCACCAACGAUGUGCGAUCGGUGCUGUCGCGUAAUCUGCAUCUGCACCGCCUGUGGUAGCAGGUGGGAUCUAGCCUAGAACUAGCCCUAGCAGCCCUAGACCUAGCCCUAGCCCUAGACCUAGACCUAGCCCUAGUGUGUAGUAGUCUACGAGGAUCAGAGAAAGCGCGAGAACGUAAGAGAGUAAAUCUUCUGAAAUUAACAACAACAACAACAACAACAACAAAUGGUGGUGCUGUGACACAUUAACGAAUUUUUUCAUUAUUAAAAAUUGUGUUUUUGUUUUGUAUAUCCUUGAAGCGAUAGCAAAAUAUUAAGGAGAUCGAUUCGAUCCAAAAUUAUGAUGUUUGUAUGCUUAUACUAUAUACAUUUUUUUUCUUGUAUUAUUAAGAUGCAUAUAUAUAUAUAUAUUUUUGUAAUUGUUUCUACUUAAUAUUCAAUUGAUUUUUAUUGAUUUUGUACAUUUUUGUGUUAGUUUUGUUCGUGCGUGUAUUUUCCUGUACUAUAUUUCAUAAGCUAAAACUUAAAGCAGAACCUUAACCUUAAAAGCGCAGUAACAUGAAGUUGAGAGCGGCAGAGCGCGCAGAAUUGUCAAGAUAUAUAGACAUAUACUAUAUAUAUAUAUCAUAUAUAUUAUUAUACAUUUUUUUAUAAUAUCUAAGGCCUCUUUCUUACAAACCACAGAGCAGUGCAGUGUCGUGUCGUAUCGUGUCCACACAAUACAGAUACGGAUACAUGUAUAUGUAUGAUAUAUGAUUAUGAAGUUUUAUACUAUGGAUAUGCAACGCAGAGCAGAAGCAGAUAAUGCGAGAGAGAGAGUGGAAUAUGAAACAUACCUACUAUACACAUACAUAUAUAUAUAUAUAUAUAUUUACAAUUUACAAAUUAGUUGAUUACGUGACUAAACUAUCCUGGACUACAUCAUUUAUUGUGUGAAUUAUGAUUAAAACAAAUGUACCAAUUGUAUAAUAGAUUUAUCGUAUCUGUUCUGUUCUGUUCGGUUUUAUAUUUUAUGUUUUAUGUGUGUGUUUUGUGUCUUUUUGGUCAAAGGAGAGUACUCUAUAAUUAAGUAGGCAAGAAACAAACUAUAAUGUAAUGCGGCAGAGCCGCACUUCAAUCAGAUCCGAAUGCAGGCAGUAAGGCGCCGCCAAAAUCACUAAUUUAUAUAUAAUAAUAAUAUAAAGCUAGAACAGAAUUAGUCAUAUAAUUGAUGCGAAGAGCAGGCAAAGAACAGAGCAUCAUCAUCAUCACAUGGGGAUCGCAUCGGAUCGGAUCGGAUGAGAGUUGUGCUGUGGAGCAGAGAGGAGAGUUUAGAGUAUGUGUAGAGUAGAGAAACAAAUACGAACUGCUUCCAUAGUUAAAAUGUUACUUUGAUUGAAACAUGAAGAGCAAUACAACAA